AAUUGGGCCUACGUUCUCGGGCCCGACGCCCUUGGGAAAAUCCCCUAACACCAAUUCACCCAAAGAAAGUUUGUGAGAAAAGUCGGGGAAAAAUACUUGUCCAAGGCAAACUGUAAUUGAAGAAAUUUUUGUGAAAUAUAACGGAUUGUUGAUUGUAAAAGAAUUGUAAAAUAAUCUUGAUCGUGCAAGAAUUUUCGUCCAAAUAGAGUAGUUUUCUUCGACUUUUUUAAAAAACUAUCUCGUGCCCGAUAGCUCAAUAUAUAUUCUAUAGUUGCUAUUCUUUAUAGAUCGGUUGGUAGAAAGUUGUAUCCAUUUCUAUCUUUUGCCCUCUCCUCCUCCAAACAGUUCAUUUGCUUGACAGUUGCUCGCUCUCUCUCUCUCUCUCUCUCUCUGCGUUAUGGAAGACCCUCCUCGACCCGUAACGGGAUACCCAGUCCCCAACGGCUGCCGUCCGCCCCAAGCUGGUGUGGCCUACCCUUAUGUGGCGCCGCCACCACAUCAAGCACACCCUUAUUACUACAACAACCAACCCUACCCCUACCCUUACCCUGCGUCGUCCUCGCGCAACUUCGUUCGCCGGUUCCUCGCCGCCAUGAUCUUCGUCUUCUUCCUCAUUGGCGUCGCCAUACUCGUCAUCUGGCUUGUACUCCGCCCCCGCCUCCCUGAAUUCCGUGUCGACUCUCUCUCCCUGUCCAAUUUCUCGUCUGCCUCCUCCUCCCUCACGGGCAACUGGAACGUCAGGUUCUCUGUCUACAAUCCCAACAAGAAGCUUUCCAUCUCUUACGAAGAAGUUCUUGCUUCCCUCUUCUACAAAUCGGAGUUCAUAUCCAACACGCAAAUGCCGCCGUUCAAGCUUAGGAAGCGGAACCAGACGGUUCUGGACGUGUCCUUCUCUGCGGCCGAUGCAUACGUUGCAAGGUGGGUUGUGAAUGACAUCAACGGGGACAGAGCACGUGGCACCGUGAGCUUCAAUGUGAUGGUGAAGGCGUGGGUUCAGUUCCGAGCCGGCGCAUGGAGGCCAAGGAAUCGGUCGAUUAGAGUCUUGUGCGAAGGGUUGGCGGUCGGUCUCUCCUCCAAUAGCAGCGGCUCAGGGAUGCUGGUGGGUGGAGAGAGGGACUGCAGGGUUGGUCUGUGAGUAAAUUGGGUGUUCAUCACUGCAACUUUAGUUUGAUAAAAUUCCAACUAUUUCCGUAUUCGAAGAGGAAUUUGUUUAAAUAUGAGGAAUUAGUAGUAGUUCACAUCUAAAGUUGAAUUAGUUUCUUUGUUUCUUAUGUUGGUUAUUUAGAAUGAUUAUCGACUUUGCAGUUUCUGCAAUUGCGAUCUGUGUUGCUUAAUAGCAGUAUCGCUUUGCGGGCUCGAAUUGUAUGGGUUUUGUGUUUGUUAUCUUUGGGAUUUUUUUUUUUAUUUUAUUCAAAAAAUUUUGGUUCUUGUUACGCUUUUGAUUUGGAAAUUGGGAAUUAAUAAUAUAUUUUUAAUGGUAAAAGGAGUAAAAACGAGAGAAAUCAAGAGAUCAUAGGAAUGAAUGAAACAAGUUUUUGUUUGCCCAAAAAAAAAGUUUUUUGCUUGCCAGUGGAUUUUUUCACAGAUAGCUGUAUUAGCCUAGCUAAUCCAGGAUGUAUUGUGUUUUGAAUAUAUUUUAUAUUUUUAUAUGGACCUUGCUUAUUGUAAUUCUGCCAUUGUUUGUCCAAUACUUGCUUUUAGUACAAUUGUCAAUACAGGCUGAAACUUGCCUUGAUUGCAACAUUUUACCUUAUUUUUAAGGCUGUUCUUUGCUGGUUUUGGCCCAUUAAGAGACAUACUUGUGGUUGAUUAAUAGUGGGGAAGCAGCUUUCUUAAUUGGUUUUUAUUUUAUAAUCCCGAAAUAUUUUGUUAUCCAUCACUGAAGUUAUUUGUUUUCUUCCUGUCUUGCGUAUAAUCUCUUUUUUAAUAAGUAUUCUGGUCUAUAACCUUUGAACGGAGGAUGGUGGUUGAUAAUUUGAAUACCUAAAGCAGUUUGGUUCUGUGAUGUUUUAGGGAGAGGAAUAGCAACCCCAUGGUAGUUUUGUCCUAACCCCUGAUAUGCCUUUCAAAAUGUUAUCUACAUUGCAAUAGUAACACUUUGACAACCAUAAGUUUUGUUAUUUCACUUUUGCUAAUAUUUUACUGCCCAAUUAGACAGAGUUAAGGUAGGAUCCCUUCUACCUAAAGGUCAUUAUGGAUCAUUCGACUGGGACCAAUUAAGAAAACCACAGACAUUUGCCUCGGUGGACUAAGGGGCCUCAGCUACAGUUUGUCUGUGGCUUUCCAACUACAUCAGAUAUUGUGAUAUCACUUUUAAUUGAUCGGCACAAUAUUAGGAAGUCGUUCUUUAACCUCCUGUACUCGAUUAGGAUGGAAAGUGGCGAUGAGGAUAAGAUCCCGUGGAUUCUGUAAAACAGUGAAGCUUGUGGUAAUAACUUCUUCUCAAGAAUUGCAGCCCAUCAGUACUUGUCUUCCUUGUAAAAGCAAGUUAUCGGCUUGUUGGAGAAGUCAUGAUGUAGGUCCAUACGCUGUCAAAGUUUGGCGAAUGGUUCCUUUUUUGUGUAAUGUGGUGCAUCACAGGUGGCUUUAUUGUAUGGAGUAUGGACAGCUGCACUAGGGAAGAUUCUUUCUAUAGAUAACUCAAGCUGGAGGAUCUUGAUCAUGGACUGAUGUUGCACAUGCAAGAAGAGCAGGAAAACAACUGAUCAUCUUUUACUGCACUAUGAAGUGGCUAGUACAAUAUAGGCCUUGUUCUUCUGUCUGGCAUUGCUGGGUGAUGCCCCAAAGUUAAGUAGAGUUAUUUGCUUGUUGGAGUAUUCCUAAUAAAGAUAACAGUUCGAUCCGUGUGAACUGUUGCACUCUAUAAUGGAUCGAACUGUUAUCUUUAUUAGGAAUACUCCAACAAGCAAAUAACUCUACUUGAGCAAAUAACAUUUGCUUAUUGGUUGUAGUUUAGUGGAUCCAUUAGUAUAAAUUUUAUGUUCAGUAUGUAAUCUAAUAUUAUAAGCAUUUUCGCUUCUGUUUGCCUUGUAUUUUGUUUACAGUUUUUUAACUCUGGAUAUAUUCUUGUACUUGAUUCUUUCGGAAAGAUUCUACUUAUUCCAUGUACUACCAUGUUGGUGUU